CGAUGCGUCUCCGGAGCGGCUCGCCGGAGCGCUGCCGCUGCCUGCAGCUUUCCGCUUUACUUGCCGCUUCCCCCGUCUGGAAUAUGGAAAUGGGAUUGGAGUAGAUAAUUGCAAGCAGCGGGUGUUGCGGAGAGGCUCGGAGGGCGCAGAACGCCUCGCGCCCAGCACGCGCUGCCUGCGCUCUGGAGAGGUGAUUUUAGAUGUUGCCCACGUCUGAAUUGCCCGGAAACUUUCCGCUGGAAGCCAGCCACCCACCCCAGAGCGAACACCCAGAAGGGGCAAGGAAGGGGCAGCAGGGCUGAACAAUGGGAUACCUUAUCCUUGGAUUUCUUGUGGAAAAGCCAGCCAGCGUCCCCAUCUGCUUCCCAAGGGAAAGGGCAUAAAGGUGACCAUGGACUGAGCUUCCUCCAGCAGAGCUUCAGCGGCUGCAGGAUGGGCUACACGGACCCUUCCUCGAGCAGGGAUUUGCUGGGAAACAGAACUUUGUUCUUCAUAUUCAUCUGCGCUUUUGCCGUGGUCACUUUGCUGCAGCAGAUCCUCUACGGGAGAAACUAUCUCAAAAGAGGGCUGCACUUUAGCUGGCAGAAUGGAGAGGAAUUGGCAAAUUGGACCGGCACCGUUAAUUUCACCGAUGACGGAGCAGUGAAGAGUGGCAGUGGCACAGGCACCAGGUAUUUUGAGUUUUAUGAGGGGCCGUUGGAAUACAACUCCACAAAAUGUCUGGAAUUACGGCAGGAUAUCAUUGCAGUGAAGGUUUUGUCCAUGGUGAAGCAAACUGAACUGUUUGACAGGUGGAAGAGCCUACAGAUGUGCAAAUGGGAGAUGAAUGUCACAGAAGCUAACUUAUUCAAGUCGACUUUGUCAAGAUGUUGCAAUGCCCCCGCCUUUCUGUUCACUACCCAGAAAAAUACUCCCYUGGGGACUAAACUGAAGUACGAAGUAGAUACUAGUGGAAUCUUCCAUAUCAACCAAGAAAUCUUCAAAAUGUUUCCGAAGGAUAUGCCCUACCAUCGCUCCCAGUUCAAGAAAUGUGCAGUGGUUGGGAAUGGAGGAAUUCUGAAGAACAGCAGAUGUGGCCGGGAGAUUGACAGUGCAGACUUCGUGUUUCGGUGCAAUUUGCCUCCUAUAUCUGAGAAAUACAUUACAGACGUGGGAGUGAAGACAGAUGUUGUGACUGUUAAUCCCAGCAUUAUUACUGAAAGAUUCCAUAAGCUGGAGAAGUGGAGGAAACCCUUCUAUGACGUGCUCCAGGUCUACGAAAAYGCUUCCGUGUUGCUGCCGGCUUUCUACAACACCCGCAACACGGAUGUCUCCAUCCGGGUCAAAUACGUCCUGGAUGAUUUUGAAUCUCAGCAAGCUGUUUACUACUUUCAYCCCCAGUAUCUCAUCAACGUCUCGCGCUACUGGCUUGGUCUAGGGGUGCGGGCCAAGCGGAUAAGCACCGGACUGAUUCUGGUGACUGCAGCUCUGGAGCUCUGUGAAGAGGUCCACCUCUUCGGCUUCUGGGCCUUCCCUAUGAACCCCUCAGGGAUUUUUAUAACUCACCACUACUAUGACAAUGUCAAACCUCGCCCCGGUUUUCAUGCGAUGCCCUCAGAAAUCUUCAACUUCCUCCACAUGCACAGCAAGGGGAUCCUGCGGGUUCAUACGGGGACCUGUAGUUGCUGUUGACGAGGACAGCUCUUCCUCUUGACACAAAAGGGAACUCAAUGCCUGUGUACGGUGUAGGAGGUUUUAUUACACCCUGAAAUUAUGCAAUAAUCAUUUGAUAUAAGUUUCCUGAAGGCAUUGCAUCCCGUAGGAUCUAGGAUACCAGCAUCUUCCCUGCUGGCAGAGCAGGGUCCGUAACAGUGUGGGUAAAGCCUAACUCCUCUGUCCCAGGAUAUGCACUGCUCUGGAAAGCAGGUCAGAUAAGAAGCACAUUUCCAAUAGGUUUAGUGUGAUACAGAGCACAUUAAUAUAGCUAUCCACUCACUUGGGAGAAAAGCACCACAUUUUGGGGAAGGAUCAGUGGUGGAGAUGGUUAGCAYAGACUGACUUUACAUAGGUUUCUGAUUGAAUACCUUGAGCAUUGCUAGAUUUUAUUGGCAGUACUGUUCUCUGGCUUUUGGUUUUAUCAAAAAUAUUCUUUAGCAUUACAGUUCUAAUGGCAAGUGUAUAACUUGAGGUCUUUAUUCCAUAAUUUCACAAAAGCAUUGGUGAAAAUUUGCACUUAGAUGUGAUAGGGGUAAAUAGAUCACAGUGAAAUUUUUAAGCAAAGGUAGGAAAGAAUUUUAUACUCUCAUCCCAGCAAAAGGCAACUGUGUUGAUCAUGGGGUGUAGUUGUUUUACUGCUGCUUCUUUUUGAUUCCUUCCAGUGUCUCAUAGCUCUGGUCUCCUUUGCUGACGCUGUUUUCUUUCUUAUAGUCUGUCGUACUUUCCUUCUAGCUAGCACACAAGAAAYGUGUGUACUUUCUCCUAUAGUGAUGGUCUUAGCUUCAGAUGGGAGUCCCUGCUGAAGAAUUGUGCUCCUUCUGCUUCUGCAAGCUUUGCUCAGGCUGAAUAGCAGAGAGACUACUCUAGUUAUAUUUCCUGGGUCGAUKUUUUUAUUUAAAUGUCACAGCAUAGCAUAGUAAAGGCUUCUCCUCUUUGUUUUUUAUAGAAGAUUUUGUAAGAGUAUUUGAAUGUCAGUCGACUAUUGUGCAGGUCGAAUGAAAUAUUUUUGGGCAUCCAUGAUAAACACUUGCAGGAAAUGAAGUUAGAAGCGAGUGAAUAUAUUUUGUGGUUUGGAUUGUGAUGCAUGUUUUAAAAUCAUGCAUCUCAAGACCUCAGACGUCCUAAUGUGGCUUUUGUUUGUGUUGAGAAUGUUUUUAUGGCAGGGCAAUAAAAGGGCUGGUAUAUUCUUUAGAAAGCAACCAGCAUGACUCCAUGAGUUAUGCCAGGCUUCGUUUUUUCACCUAAUAUAAUUAAAACUGGCAAAAUCCUGAUGGAGAAAAGAUAACAUAUAUUGCUGUGGUUUAUUUUGGCUGCUGAACCACAGGGUGGUGGUCUGCUGGUCUGUGYCCUUCCAUACUGGUAUGACUGCAUGCACGAGGGUGAGGUUUGCUYGUUGAGCUGUGCUAACAUACCAAAAUUAAUGGAGUUUUUUGGUAUAAAUUCAUAGAUUAAAGCACUUGUUGUUCAGUACUCUACCUUGACUUUCUUAGAUUGUAAGGUCUUUGGUCAAGGAGCUAGAGUAUCAAGUGCUGGUCCUGUAUGAAAGAUACUUUUCUGUCUCCGGAGAGGGCUUAAAUCAGGGCUUGGGUUUUCAUUUUAUAAGGCGUGAAAGCACCAGAUUUCUGUACAAGUCCCUGUGCUUUGCUGACAGCUGUGAAAGUUGCUCACCCUUACAGGUAGGUGAUGAGAAAGGAAGCGAAACGUGAUGGUCACCAUUUCAAAGCCCCUACUGAGCAGAGGUGGCCAGGAUGGCACGAGAGUGGGUAUUUCUCUAGCUUUGCACUAGACUCCAGAUGAAUUUGACUCCAAAUUAAUUUAUCCAUGUCCUUCAUAAAAAAGUGUCAGAGCUUCCUUGGGAAAUACCAGCCAGAGGUGAGGCAGGGACCUGUGCUGAAGCUUUUCCUGUUUGUGUCGUCGUGGUUUUUGUCUUGGAGUUGUCCCGUGCGUUAGUAACGAAAGCGCCGCAUUGCCCAGCUGUGAGACACGCAGCACCCCAAGAGUGAACACGUGGAUGAAAUGUUUUCCUUGAUUUAAUAUGCAAAAGAGGUCUCUGUCUUCACCGUGUUUCGUAAGUUAAUGUGCAAAGGGCUUUGAUAAUGAAGUGCUGUAACAGAAGUGCUAUAUAGAGAGCAACGUGACCCGUUGGGGUUGGCCGUUUUGCUGUGCAUUAAGCUUUAUAAUAAUGAGAAGGAUGCUGAAGUUCCAACCUGGAGCCCUUGCUUGUUUUUCUGCCCGAGUGAGGGUCUCGGGGUGACUUCAGCCCUGCUUUGUUGCUGCUGCUUUGCUAAGGAUACUUUCUUUGGUAAGGUUUUUUCUUCACUUUGUUGAUUGGGGUGAGCAAAAGGAAUGGAAAGGAGUCUGAUAUGUUGCAAGAGAUACUUAAAAAAGAUGGGAAAGCACAUGAAAAAUCAUCCACAUAGUGGAAAGAAAUGGUGCAGAUCCCUCUUAUAAUUGCAAAAGUCGUUUUGGACUUUCGGGGCAGGAAAAAGGAUAAGCAAAAUUGUAACAGAGUCACAGACAUUUCCUUUCCUUUGUUUGCUUCAUGCAAAUGAAUAAUGUAACUUCUAGGCUAUUCUGUAAUAAGUGCAGUUUUACUUUAGAUUUUGAUUGAUUCUAAGCCUAUAGCUACUAUAUUUUUCUAAUGAUUUAAAAAUGUGUGUGCAGGAUACUCACACAUACACACCAAAGGCUGAAUCCUGCAYCAUUUAUUGGGAAAGAACUCCCAUUCAUGGAGAUUUAUUUGUGUAGGGACUGCAGAAACAGGUCCAGACAUGUCUGU